UUAAAACGAAGCAAGCUGACCAGCCUAGGGCUAAAUCGUUUCGUCGAAUCGUUUCGGUUGCUCUUACGAAACGCUUCACGCAUGGGACAAAAAUAAACGUGUAUUCGAAAGGAGCGCGUCGUUGGCGCGUCGGUGGCGUCAUCGCGAUUCGCAUGCGCGAAAUUAUCGAGCGGCUCUGACGAGCGAGAGUCGAGUCGUCGGUUUCGUUGUCUGUCCGUGGCAAGCGUAAACUGAACGGUGCGUGGCGUGACCGUGUGAGUAACGGCCGAGCAGUAGCACGAGCACGGGCACGACGCGACGCAACGCGAAUCCAAUCUCGAGUCUCGGCUGAAGAAGAAGAGAAAAAAACUAGCCAGUAUGGCCACCUCGAGGAGAAGAUCGCGCAUCUAACAACGGGAGGCGAGAUGCCGAUCUCAGCCGGUUCGCGGCUGACCUCUGUCGUUCCGUUCGGUUCCUACGUGACCACGUCUCUCGGCUGGCCGUGAUUCGAAGGAACGCGCGCCUCGCCUCGCCUCGCCUCAUCUCGCCUUACCUCGUCUUGCCUCGCCUCGCCCGCUGUUGUCUCUCUCUUGAAGUGAUCGUGGCGACAGAACGCCAGCAGGAAUCGCGGCGUGAAAGCACGAGGAGGGCUGGGCAUGGCCACUCUGGCUGGCAGCUCGUCGUCGGGCCUGGCCAGGCCACCGACCAUGCUGGAGCAGCUUCUCGAGGAGAUCAAUUUUCAGAGGACCAAGGAGCUCCGACAGAUGCUCAAGGAUGACUCCGGCUUCGUGAUACUUCAAGGUACAACCUACUGGACGGACCUGUUUGUCAGGCACUUCCUCUUCCAGGCAGAGCACACGAUCGACGGCGACGAUUUGCUGUUCUUCGUGCGAAAACACGUGAAGACGUCGUCGAGAUACUUGCCAAAAUUCGAGACGGAGGUGGACGUGUUCCGGAAGGACAGCAAGAAGCUACCUAUCGGCGAUCCCGACAUCGAUUGGGAGGAAACCGUGUACCUGAAUCUGGUCGUGCAUCAAUUCGAUUACACGCUGACCUUAGCUAUCUGCACAAGGACGAGCCCCAAGGAAUUGCAAGUAUUACGCAGGCAUUCGCAAAAAGUGUACGCGAGCCCCAGCCGAAGACGAAUGGACGCGAAGGGUGAUCUCGAGGAGAUGACUUAUCCGCAUAUAUGCUUCAUGGUGGACAAUUUCGACGAAGUUUUCUGUGAUAUUCUAGUCAGGGACGGGGAGAUGGUGUGCGUGGAAUUGGUGGCGUCCGACAGGGAGGGCGCGAUUCAAGGCGUCAUAUUUCUCGGCUCUAUCAGAUACGAUGCCCUGAAGAAAGUAUACGACGCCAGGUCCAGCUUGAGCACGAAAAUGGCGCAGCGAAUGACCUUUGGCCUGUUUUCCGGCGCGGCCUCCCAGCGCAUAGAAUUCGUUCGAAUGAAGGGACCUCGUGGGAAGGGACACGCGGAGAUGGCUGUGACAAAGCCGAAGGGCUCGGGAGCGGAAACACCGACCUCGGAGCCCGGCUACUGCGCCACGGAUUCCCUGUGGGACGCCGACUGGGACGACGCCGAGGAACUGUUUUUGUAUCGACAUCAACGAAGGCUAUCCGACCCGAGCGCGAAUCUGAACAAUUUCGUCCGUGGCGGGUGGAGGACGAAACCGGACACGGCCGCGACCAAGGCAAGAUCGGAGAACGAAGGUCUGGACUCGAUGGCGAACGGGUUGAACGAAAUCGAAGCAGGAGACGUUCGUGACGAGUUGGACGACGGCGCUUACAACCCUCUGUGGACGAUGCGAGGAUUCACGCAAACGUUCCACUUCUGGAAAGAGACCAGACGAGCCCAAUCCGUUCCUCUCAAUGCGUUUCUCACGUACAUCACUCUGCCUUGGUGGAGCAUUGCCAAAGAUAUUCUCGAUCAUCGAGAAGGACCUAUCUUAACGUUCUAGCCAACACGAGGAUGUCCCAUUUUUAUUUCUAUCGGAUCUCUCUUUUCGUUCCCCACUUUGUACGCACUUGGAUAGAACGCGCGUGGCCCAACAAAAUCGAAGUGUAUAGAAUAAGAAAUAAACGAGAUACUAUUUAUAA